AUGGCUACUAAACAGGCACACAAGAGACUCACAAAGGAGUACAAGGCCAUGGUGGAAAACCCACCUCCUUACAUCACAGCUCAUCCUUCAGAAAAUAACAUCCUUGAAUGGCAUUAUUUGAUUACAGGUCCAACUGAUACACCAUAUGAAGGUGGCCAAUACCAUGGUACUUUAAUGUUCACUCAUGAAUACCCAUUCAAACCACCAGCUAUCAAGAUGAUCACGCCCAGUGGACGUUUCCAACCAAACACAAGAUUAUGUUUAAGUAUGAGUGAUUAUCAUCCCGAUCUUUGGAAUCCAGCAUGGAGUGUUGCAACUAUUUUGACUGGGUUAUUAAGUUUCAUGACUGGUGAUGAAGAUACCACAGGUUCUUUGAGAACUAGUGAACUAACAAGAAAGAAAUUUGCGAGAGCAAGUCUUGGUUGGAAUUUACAAAAUGAAAGAUUUAUAAAGAAUUUUAGUGAUUUAAUUGAAGAAACUGAACAAAAGAUUAAAGAAUGGGAUGCUAAAGAUAGAGCUGAACUUGAAGCUAAAGCCAGUAAGUCAACUAGAGCUCAACAAUCUAAACAAGAAGAAGAAGUUGAUCCAAAUACUUUAGAUCCAGAAGAUAGAAUAAGAUAUGAACAAGCCAGAGAUGCCGUUGAAGGACAAAGCUCAAAAAUGGUUUAUUAUAUUUUGGCUAUUGCAGUUGCAUUUGGUUUAUUCCGUUUUAUCAAUUGA